UCAAAAUAAACCUUGUUUUCUCUCUUGGAAUUAGCUAGCCAAUAUAGCCUUAUCCAAAAAAGAAAAUUACCCAAAUACCAAAAACCAUGAAGGUGAGAAUAGAGAGUACAAGAACUGUUAAGCCAAUUUAUGAAGGGAAUUGUCCUCCCCCUACCUCACACUGUAUCCCUCUGAGUGUGUUUGAUAAGGUCACCUACAACACCCACAUAGCAGUCAUUUAUGCCUAUCGUCCACCAACACCAAUGAAUGCAACCAUUGAGCUUGGCCUCCAGAGGGCCUUAUCAGAAUACAGGGAAUGGGCUGGAAGAUUAGGGGAAGAUGAGAAAGGUGAUCCUGUCAUUUUUCUCAAUGACAAAGGGGUGAAACUAGUUGAAGCUUCUGUGGAUUGCAAGCUUGAUCAACUCAUGCCCUUGAAGCCAUCUCCUGUUUUGCUUAGCCUUCAUCCUAGCUUGAAGGACGUGGAAGAGCUCGUGCAAGUUCAGCUCACAAGGUUCAGUUGUGGCUCAUUAGUAGUUGGCUUCACAGCCCAUCACUUGGUAGCUGAUGGGCAUUCCACCAGCAAUUUCUUGGUUUCAUGGGGGAAAGCUAGUCGUGGACUUGACAUGAACCCACUUCCUCUUUGUGAUCGAACCAUUUUCAGCCCUCGAAAACCUCCUCAUUUCGAUUUUGAACACAGAGGAGUUGAGUUUAAAAGCAAGAAGCUUGUCAAAGAUUUUCCAAAUAUAUAUAUUGAUAACUUUGUGGAUGACAUUAUAGUCCAUAAAGUCCAUUUCACAUUGGAAUUUCUCUCCAAGCUCAAGGCUAGAGCCUCUCCACCAUCAAAUAAUCUGCAGAACAAGACUUAUAGCACUUUCGAGAGCUUGGUUGCUCAUCUAUGGAGAGCCAUAACAAAGGCUCGAGGGCUCGGUGGGUUCGAAAAAACACAUGUGAGAAUCUCAGUGAAUGGACGCAUGCGAAUGAAUCCAAGAGUUCCCAAUGAAUACUUUGGGAACUUGGUGCUAUGGGCAUUCCCAAGUGCGAGGGUUAAAGACCUACUACGAGAGCCAUUACCUUAUGCGGCCAAGCUCAUUCAUGAAGCUAUUGCAAAGGUAAAUAACAGCUACUUCAAAUCAUUCAUCGACUUCGCUACCCACAAGGCAGGGAAGGAAGAAGACCUGGUGCCCACGGCGGAGAUGAGCAAGUCGGUGUUGUGCCCUAAUUUGGAGGUUGAUAGUUGGCUAAGGUUUCCAUUUUAUGAUCUGGAUUUUGGAGGAGGAAGUCCUUAUAUAUUUAUGCCAUCUUAUUUUCCAACAGAAGGAAUGAUGUUUCUUCUACCUUCGUUCAUUGGGGAUGGAAGUAUAGACGCCUUCAUACCUCUUUUCCAGGACAAUUUGGCCACCUUCAAAGAAAUUAUCUAUUCAUUGGACUGAUCAACUAAUUAUUACUACAAUAAUUUAUUUUUUCCUUUUGGCUAUUUUUUUCUUUUUCCAUCGUUAUAAUUAAGAAGUUCUUGUUAAAUAUAUAGUUGUUGUCAUGUAUUUUUCUUGAAGGUGGACCAUCUACCUGCUUGUAAUAACAACUGCUCAUAAGAGAUAUCAUUAAUUAUAAUUGCAUGAAAACUUUA